AUGAAGGUUACCAGUUUCCUGUCCUCCGCCAUUUUCUUGGCUUCCCUCACCAUGGCCACUCCUGUGCCCGAGGAAUCUGCUGCCUUGGAAGAACGCCAGACUGCGAGCGGCUGCUACUACUUUGCUGCCCCACGAUGCUGUGUUCCGACAGUAUGCCAAUGUGUAAACGGUGCCAUCUAUCAAGUUAACCAGGAUAACGUCAACGCCGGUCGUCACGGCUGUGACCCCCCAUGGGGAUACAUCUCCGCGAACAACGCGCAGUUCCCUGGAUACUGCUGUUAA